AUGGCCAUCUUCAUUACAGGAGCCACCGGCUUCAUCGGGGCGGCAACCGCCCUCGAAGCCGUCAAGACAGGGUAUCGUGUGCGCCUCGCCAUCCGCCGGGAAUCCCAGAUCGAGAAGCUCCAACAUCUUCUAGCUGCCUACGCUGACCGAGUCGAGUUCGUGGUUGUUCCCGAUAUCACUGCAGAAGACGCGUAUGCGGGAAAGUUGGACGGGGUGGAGUAUGUCAUCCACAUUGCAUCACCGUUGCUGCCUUCCAUCGACAAGAAGAUCUCCUUCCAGCCUGCCGUCGAGGGAACAUUGAGCAUUCUGAAUGAAGCCGUCAGGGUGUCGAGUGUUAAGAAAGUGGUCAUCACCUCCUCAGUCUCUGCCUUGGUCCCCUUUGCGGGCGUUCCCAGGGGCGGCAUCGUCACAGAGGAGCCAGCCUGGGAUUUGAGCGUUGAUACCGACGCAGACUUCACCGGUCCCAACGACACCAUCACUUCCUUCCUGCUGUACCGUGUCUCCAAGAUGCUCGCAAACGACGCCACAUGGGAUUUUCACAGACGACACAGCCCCCCUUUCAGCCUGGUGGUCAUCUACCCGACGUUCGUGUACGGUCACGACAUCUUGCAGACCGGGGCGGAUGGUGGAAAGAUCGGCAUCACGAACGGUAUGCUCUUGGAUGCCUUGCGGACAGGCCAGCCAUGGCAUGAAUUCACCUAUGUGCACAUCCGCGACGUGGUUUCUGCGCAUCUCCGAGCCUUGGAUGCAGCCAUUCCCGACGGAUCCAAGUAUAUCCUUGCGGGGAGGAGGACGUCGUGGAGAGAGAUCGCCCGGUAUCUGAAAGAGAACUAUGAUGGCGUGGUGAAGUUCGGUCUGUCGGAAGAUAAUGAGCUGGCAAAGGAGUUCCUGGAUAAAUCGCUGCCUACGGAUGCCUCGAAAGCAGAGAGAGAACUGGGCAUUCGGUGGACUUUGGCCGAGGAGGUGAUCAGGGAGGUUGUCGAGCAGAAUCUGGCAUUGUUGAAGACUGCUGAUAGGCAUUCUCAGUGA